AUGAAUGGCUUCGAGAAGACCGACCUCCGGGAGGACGACUUUGGCGCCUCGGGGAACAACAUCGUCAAGGCCUUUGAUGCUUUCCCCAAGUCGAAGCCGCAAUAUGUGACGAGGACAUCCGGCGGCGGGAAAUGGACCGUCGCCAUGGCCGUCGUCUCCGUCAUCCUCCUCUGGAGCGAGGUCGCCCGCUGGUGGCGCGGCUCCGAGACGCACGACUUUGCCGUCGAGAAGGGCGUCUCCCAGUCCCUGCAGAUCAACUUAGACACCGUCGUGCGCAUGCCUUGCGGCGACCUCCACGUCAACGUCCAGGACGCUGCGGGCGACCGCAUCCUCGCAGCCACCAAGCUGCACCGCGACCAGACGAGCUGGGCGCAGUGGACCAGCACCAGCGGCAUCCACCGCCUGGGGAGGGACAGCGAGGGCCGCGUCGUCACCGGCGCGGGCUGGCAGAACCUGGCGGCCGAGGACGAAGGCUUCGGCGAGGAGCACGUUCACGACAUUGUCGCCCUGGGGAAGAAGAGGGCGCGUUGGGCCAAGACGCCCAGAGUCAAGGGCCCGCCCGAUAGCUGCCGCAUAUACGGCUCCCUCGAGCUGAACAAGGUGCAAGGAGACUUCCACAUCACCGCCCGCGGACACGGCUACAUGGAAGGCGGUAACCAUCUCGACCACGAGAGAUUCAACUUUUCGCACAUCAUCAACGAGCUUUCGUACGGCGCCUUCUACCCGUCGCUCGUCAACCCGCUAGACCUCACCGUCAACACCGCCAGCGCAAACUUUCACAAGUUCCAGUACUACCUGUCCGUGGUGCCCACCGUCUACACCGUGGGCUCCAAGUCCCUCUUCACCAACCAGUACGCGGUCACCGCCCAGAGCAAGGAGGUGACGGAGGACAUCGUGCCGGGCGUCUUCUUCAAGUACGACAUUGAGCCGAUUCUGCUCUCCGUCCACGAGAACCGCGACGGCAUGCUGUUGUUUGCCGUCAAGCUCAUCAACGUCCUCAGCGGCGUCCUCGUGGCAGGCCAUUGGGGCUUCACCAUGACCGAGUUUAUCAAGGAGGUGAUUGGCAAGAGGAGACGGAGCGGCGGUGGCCAGGGCAUGAUUGGCAACAAGAAUGGUUACGACGAAUAG